ACCACCAGGCUCACAGCCUUACCUGAUCCUUGACAAUUCUGCUCCCUCGCCGCCGCCGCCGCCGCCGCCGCCCGCCCGUCGUCGCUGCGCUUCGGUACCCGCGAAGCAAGGCCCCGCCUCCCGUGUACCCGCCGCCGAAGAAGGGAGAGGAGCAGAUGAAAGCGGGGAGGAAGAACCUGCGGCGGGCGUGCGACGAGGGCGCCGCCGUCACGCUCGCCGAGGGAGAGAGCAUCAUGCAGGUCCUCACGCUGCGCGGCUCCAACGUCAUCGAGGUGAUGGACGGCGUGGGCGUCAGGUCCCUGGCCUUGUUCCCCGCCAAGUUCCAGAAGAGCUUCUGGAUCAAGAACGGGAGUUUCGUGGUCGUGGAUGCCAGCGGGAGGGACCAGGCGCUGGAAUCGGGGAGCAAGAUCGCGUGCGUUGUUUCGCGAGUCCUCUUCCACGAACAAGUUCGGGCCCUGCAGAAGUCUGGUAACUGGCCGGCCAUUUUCAACUCAGCUCCGACUCCGAAUGAAGCUUCAGAGGCGGGAGCAGAAGCACAGGCUGCCCAGGUUGACGAGGAACCAGAUUCCGAUGAAGAAGACGACGAUCUUCCACCACUUGAGGCGAACACGAACAGGAAUAGGCCGUAUGAAUUGUAUUCUGAUUCAGACAGUGGUUCUGACGCUUGAAAAGUACCAAGGCCAUCCAUCCUGUGCGUUUUGUCUCCAAGGUAUUCGUGAUGUGUGAAUGGAAUGGCUGGACCUGGAUGGCUGGAUUCAUAUGUGCCAUGUCAUGUAUGUUAGUUAGCAUGCUGUUAUUCUGCAAUGGAAUCUGUGUUUUCUGAUACUAGUCAUUAAGCUAGAUCAAGGAAGCUGGGUUUGUUU